AAACCAGCUCCUUGGCCCGUGCGUCCCCCGCGUGCCUUACCCUGAUAACGGCCCACCGUCCCUCAGUAGAAACCCGCGUCGCUGGCCUAGAGGCUACCGGGCGUGUUCAAGCGGACUAGUGGUCUGACUGUGCAAGCCUUCCUCUUGGAAGUCAGCUACCGCUUUUGGACUAUGGGGGACUCUCCACCCGACCCUGAGCCGCCUUACCAGCAGUCCUCCAGGCAGAGGACUUCCCAGGUCUUCGAUCAGCUCCUCAGUCCAGACCACUCUCAGCCCCAGCCCAUGGUCCCCGAGGAGGUGCAGCAGAUGCUUGACGCCCAGAUCCUGCAGGGCAGUCAGGAGAUGCCAGUGAGCCAGACCAACCUCCUGGACUGGUCACAAAGGGCAGGCCUGACCCAAUCUGAGAACUUGAUGAUGUUCCAGGCUGAGGAACCUCAGUUGGGUGGCAUAGAGUACCUGCCCAUGAAUACAGGCUUUCCCUUAGAGUUCCAGCACCAACCUUAUCUGAAUGAAGACAGGAUCCAGGCCACCCACAGUGCUGGCCUAAUGCAGCAGCUCCCGCAGGUCCAAGGCAACCUCUUCCAGCAACUGGAGUCUGCCUACCAGGAACCCCAGCCCGACCUUGGCCAGUUCAGCAUGUACCAGAGAGAAGACCUUCAGUUCAGCGAGGACACCCAGCACGGGCCCUACAUAAGGGAUGACCCUGCCCUCCACUUCACGCCCUCUGAGCUGGGCUUUAUGCCCUUCCAUAUGGAGGUGCCUGAGCCAGGGCCUAGGGAGCUGGCCGUGCAGAACGCCAAGGCCUACCUGCUGCAGACCAGCGUCAAUUGCGACCUCAGCCUGUAUGAACACCUGGUGAACCUGCUGACCAAAAUCCUGAACCAGCGGCCGGAGGACCCCUUGUCCAUCCUGGAGUCACUGAACCGCACCACGCAGAUGGAGUGGUUCCAUCCCAAGCUGGACACGCUGAGGGACGACCCAGAGAUGCAGCCCAUCUAUGAGAUGGCCGAGAGGCAGAAGGCCCUGUUUGUCCGGGGGGGCAGCGGUGGCGGUGGUGAGGGCGAGCAGGAGAUGGAGGAGGAGGUGGGAGAGACGGCCGUGCCCAACAUCAUGGAGUCGGCUUUCUACUUCGAACAGGCGGGGGUAGGCCUGAGCUCAGACGAGAGUUUCCGCAUCUUCAUGGCCCUGAAGCAGCUGGUGGAGCAGCAGCCCAUCCACACCUGCCGCUUCUGGGGCAAGAUCCUGGGGCUCGGCCGCAGCUACGUGGUGGCCGAGGUGGAGUUCCGGGAGGGCGAGGAGGAGUUUGAGGAGGAGGAGGUGGAGGAGACGACAGAGGGCGGCGAGGUCACGGAUGCGCCCGGCGAGGAGGAGGGCGAGGAGGACGAGAAGGUUUCCGACAUCAUCCCCAAGCCGACGUGGAAGCCGCCGCCCGUCAUCCCCAAAGAGGAGAACCGCAUGGGCACCAACAAGUACCUGUAUUUCGUGUGCAACGAGCCGGGCCAGCCGUGGACGCGACUGCCGCAUGUCACGCCCAUCCAGAUCGUGCAGGCCCGCAAGAUCAAGAAGUUCUUCACGGGCCACUUGGACGCGCCGGUCGUUAGCUACCCGCCCUUCCCGGGCAACGAGGCCAACUACCUGCGGGCCCAGAUCGCCCGCAUCUCCGCCGCCACGCACAUCAGCCCGCUCGGCUUCUACCAGUUCGGCGAGGAGGAGGGCGACGAGGAGGAGGAGGGCGGCGCGGGGCGCGACUCCUACGAGGAGAACCCCGACUUUGAGGGCAUCCCGGUACUCGAGCUGGUGGACUCCACGGCCAACUGGGUGCAUCACACGCAGCACAUCCUGCCGCAGGGCCGCUGCACUUGGGUGAACCCUUUGCAGAAGGUGGAGGAGGAGGAGGAGCUGGGGGAGGAGGAAGAGAAGGCUGAUGAAGGGAUAGAGGAGGUGGAGCAGGAGGUCGGCCCCCCGCUGCUGACGCCGCUGUCCGAAGAUGCAGAAAUCAUGCACAUGUCACCCUGGACCGCCCACCUGUCCUGCAGCCUCUGCCCGCAGUACUCCGUGGCUAUCGUGCGCUCCAAUCUCUGGCCAGGGGCCUACGCCUACGCCACUGGCAAGAAGUUUGAGAACAUGUACAUCGGCUGGGGCCACAAGUACAGCCCAGAGAACUUCAACCCACCCCUGCCAGCCCCAAUUCAGCAAGAGUACCCCAUUGGCCCAGAGAUCAUGGAGAUUAGCGACCCUACGGUGGAGGAGGAGCAGGCCCUCAAGGCUGCCCAGGAGCGGGCCCUGGCCACUGCAGAAGAAGAGGAGGAAGAUGAGGAGGAAGAUGAGGACGAGGACCUGGAUGACUGAGGCCCCAUAGCCCCCUUCCCCAAGCAGGUAGAUAGCAGGUUUUCCCUUAUGCAUAGUGAGUUAAGUGUUGUUUUUCACUGUUGGUUAUUUCUGUCCCUGGAGGGCAUGGGUGGAAAAGGAAGGCAGCUACUCUAAAUAAAACAUCCCCCUGGCAUUUCGGCCCAGUCACUCAUUCAUUUGCUCACCAAUUUGUUGACCUGGCCUCAGAGUCAGGGUUACUGGAUUCUGCUGGAAACACAGACAUUGCCCAGCAUAGUCUCUCCCAUCUGUUUCAUUUAUUUUUUCAUCUGGCCAUCAAAAGACCACUGAAGUGCCUCCUGUCAGCCCAGCCCUCUGCUAGGGACACAGAAGUGACCAAGCAGCUCCAGCUCUGCUUUCCUGGGGCUCACACUCUACAGAGGAGACACAUGCAUCCCCAGGCAAUGACAACCCAGAUGGGGGAGCCCAGAGGACUGACAGAACCCCUGAGCUGACUCUUAAAGGAUCAAGAGCAGAGUGGGGAAGGGCAUUCCAAGCAGAGGGAACAGCAUGUGCAAAGACCCAGGAGCAAGAGAGAAUGUGAUGUGCUGGGGUAGUUUUGCAAACCUCUUUUGGGGACGGUGUGGAGUUAGUGGUGAGAGAUGAGGUUGGAAAGUGAGGUUGGCAGGAACAGAUCAUUCAGGGCUUUACUUUGCCCUGAGAACACUAGGGAGCCACAGAUGGGCUUUGAGCAGGGGAGGGAGAGUCUGAUCAUAUUUGGGCUUUAGAAAGACCUUGCUAGAUGCCAAGUGGAGGAUAGAUAAGAGGUGAGAUAGGAGUCUGGGAGAGCAGAGACAAAGCUGAUGGGGGAGGGGGGGCGCAAGCAGGAGAGGAGUUUGGACCAUGGCUGUACAGAGGAAGGGGCUGGAAAAGAGGACUUCAGGUGACAGAAUCCAAGACUGGGGAAUAGGGAACGGGGUGAAGGAAAAUGGUACAAAUUUAGGAUGACACAGGUCUGCAGCCUGACUGACUGGUGGGGAAUGGCAGUGCUGGCCCUAAGAAUGGGACAUAGGAAAGGGGUAGAAUUUGGAGUAAGACUGUAGGACUUGUUGAGUGUGAGCUGCCUCUGAGAUAUUCCAGUGAGAAAUCUGGGAGGCCACUCAAUAAGUGGGUCUGGGAAGAUCUGUGAUGGGGUGGGUGGCUUCUGCAAAAGGCAGGAGCACUGGCUGUGUGUGGGGACUGUUGGAAUCAGGAGAUUUGGAGUUACUAGUGGAUCAUUGGACACAGGGGGUGUUGUGGGGACCACUGAAAUUUUGGAAUCAGAGGUGGGUGUUGGAGGACCGAGUGAGAUUGUUGGAGAUAGUGAAGUCAUGGAGAUAUAUGUUGGAGGUUGGUGGAAAAUGUGGAUAUGUUUACGGGUUAACAUUAAUCAGUAGUGGUUCAGACGGAGUUUUAUGGAGACGCGGGGAUCAGUGAGAUUUGGUGGAUCAUCAGCCAUGGGGAAGAAUGGCUAGAGAUGCUGUGUCCACUUUGGGGGACAUUAAAAAUGUCAGUGGGAAACACUGGAGGUCAGGUGGGUGUAUGUUGAGAGUAUAUGGAGACAUUAGGCUCACCUUGGGU